GGACUACGUUUCCCUUCGGCCCGCGCGCGCCCCGAGCCGCGUCGGCUUCAGCCCCGGAGGAGCCGAGGAUCUCCAAGAUGGCCGCGUGGGGAAGGAGGCGUUUGGGUCCGGGCGGCGGCGGCUCCCGAGAGAGGGUUAGCCUGUCAGCCACAGACUGCUACAUAGUACAUGAAAUCUACAGUGGGGAGAAUGCCCAGGACCAGUUUGAGUAUGAGCUGGAGCAGGCACUGGAAGCCCAGUACAAGUACAUUGUGAUAGAGCCCACCCGAAUUGGAGAUGAGACAGCACGUUGGAUCACCGUGGGCAACUGCCUGCACAAGACGGCUGUGUUGGCAGGUACUGCCUGCCUCUUCACCCCAUUGGCACUGCCCCUGGAUUACUCCCACUACAUCUCCCUGCCUGCUGGUGUGCUGAGCCUGGCCUGCUGUACCCUCUAUGGGAUCUCCUGGCAGUUUGACCCUUGCUGCAAGUACCAGGUGGAGUAUGAUGCCUAUAAACUGUCCCGUCUGCCUCUGCACACGCUCACCUCCUCCACGCCAGUGGUGCUGGUUCGGAAGGACGACCUGCACAGAAAGAGACUGCACAACACAAUAGCAUUGGCUGCCCUGGUGUACUGUGUAAAGAAGGUUUAUGAGCUCUACGCCGUAUGACUGCAGGAGAGUGGGACGCGAAGCAGAACCACAGGGCCCACAGGACUCGGAUUCCUACAGCAACACUUUGGGUUUUCUCUGUGAAGCAACAGCACCUGGGAACGUGUUUAAUACUUGUUAUUUUUUAAGCAGGAAUAACAGAUCAUGGGUAUGCCAGGGGUUUAUUCAGUUCAUUACACUAAGAUGUCUAUUUCCAUAACCCAGGAGCCAGUCCCAGGCUGUGGAAGUCUGACUGGGCAAUGGAAUAUGGAUGGGAGCCAAUGCUACUUUCUGAGGGGUGUGAACUCGCUGUGGGGUGUCUUAAGUACAUUGUUUAACUAUACCAUUCAGAAGCCAACCGGAAGCUAUUGACCAUUAAAAUUAUGAGAAUUUCAA